AUGAAUGGCGUCGAUUUUGGAGGGGUAUACUUGAGAAAGGGAGGAUCUCUGUCUUCUCUCUCUCUCUCUUUCUUCUGCUAUUCUUCUCUCCCUCUCUUCUCUCUCUAUUUUUGUUUUUUCUCUCUCUAUUUUUGUCUCUCUUGGUCCAGAGUGGAAACUUCAGAGAGAGAGAGAGAUUUUGAGAGAGAGAGAGGAACGGCAGUGCGGUGGAGGAGUCACCAGUGGGCGGGUCACGUGUGUGAGAGAGAGAGAGAGAGUGAGUGUGUGUGUGGGCGGGAGCGCUUCUCUGCCGGGGGCCUGGUCUUGGUCUGCCUUCGCCGUGCCUGUCCGCAGCAAGAGGAGGGUGCCGGCCGCGAGGACGGUGGCUGUACGGGUAGCAUGGCUACGCCCCUUGUGCUGGAGGGAUGGUUUCUGAAGCGAAAGCCUACCCUUUGGGGCUGGGACCGCCGGUGGUUCAAGGUCAUUGAUGGUCAAGUGAUGUACUUUGUACAAGAACAUGACGAUGUUGAUCGCCGCAAGGGUGGCUUCAGUCUCCAGGACAUUGAGGACGUGGUGCCCUGCAACUUUUCCAGCAAGGCCAAGGCCCUGCCCCAACAGCAGCAGCGUUACGCCCGGCAGGGCUUGCGAAUCGAAGUUUAUCGUGACGGCUCACUUCGCUCCUAUGAGCUCCUUUGCUUGGAGCGUGAGGAGGUCUAUGAAACCUGGCUCAACCUGCUCGACUUGCGCACGCGCUUGCUUCGCGAAAAUCUGGUGAAUCGACCACGCUCGCUGACCACUCGCUCUGAGAACGAUGGCUUCGAGGUCUUGCCCAUGCCGAACGAAAGUCAAGCACAGGCGCCGCAGCGCACUGCUAGCCGACGCUCCGUGCGCUUUGCCGAUGCGGGUGCAUCCGAAGCGGAUUCAGAUCUGGCUCACAAUGCCGCCCUCAAUGACUUUGGCGUCAACGAAUCUAGUGAUGAGGAGGAUGAAGCUUCGGUCUCAGAUAGCCCUCGCCCAGCUGCUAAAGGCGCCGCCGUCAUAUCAGGGUCUCACCACGACAAUGAUCAAAUCAACAAUCAUGACGCCGUUGAAGAUACCAACGCAUCAGAGCCAAAUCUACCAUCAGAGCCCGGACACAGCGCUGAAUCCCAGGAUGGUGCCGCCGACGCCGACCAAUCGGAGACACGCACCUAUCGCUCUCGAUCUCGCGCCAUCUCCGUCUCAUCGGCGCGUCAGAUCAAGGUCAUGGUCCAAGCCGAGAACUACCUCACCUUUCCCCGCGAGGGGUUGACAACCGUCGGUGAUCUCAUGACUUUGAUUGAGAGCCAGCUCAAGCGGCAACCCGAAUGUUUGCGACUGUGGUGCCUCACCUUCCCGCACGACAUCCGCGAGCUGCCAGAUGAUGAGUCCUUGGACCUCCUCGGCUCUCUCACCUCCCAAUUGCUCCUGACUACAUCAGAGGAUCGCCUGAGCUGUACUGGCGUGAUGAUAGCGCUCAAGGCACCGAUAUUUGCACGCGAAGAUCAAGUCGUGGCGUUCUCAGAUACAGCGCGUGCCACCGGACAAGCCGGCAUGAUCAUGUUGAAGGCAGCCAAGGCCAGUCGACCCAGUCGUAGCGGACCCUCUGGCCUCGAAGAACGGCGUGCACGAUCCAUGUCAUCGACUCUGGUGCUCGAUGGUAUGCUAUCCAUUCGUGCCAAAGGACAAGGCUGGGGUCAGCGACGCUGCCGCUUGGAUGCAGACCGGAUCGAGAUUUUCAAGGUCGGCAAGCUCGGCGCUUCACUCAAGAUCGACCUCGAUUGCAUCCUUAUCCUCACGGAUGGGGGCGUUGAGCAAUGGUGGGAGGUACUGCAGCGCCGCGUGCCCGUGGUGAGCAAGCAGGGCUGGUUGUCCAAGCGUGGCGAGCUCAACACCAAGUGGAAGCGGCGAUGGUUUGAGCUUCGAGGGCGCUCUCUCUUCUAUGGCCCCGAGAAGGGAAUAUGGAAAGCCCGCAUCAACCUGGCUCGAUGCGACAACGUGAUCAUUGCUGAUGAAGACGACGUGGACGACUCCUUUGUGUUUUACGUUGUGCACAACCAGCGCACCUACAGCAUUCGAGCAGAUAAUGAACAUUCCCUGCUCGAUUGGGUGCAAAUCCUGCGCAUGUGCCUCCCAGAUCAACGAGUAUUGCAUCAAGGGCGCCUGCACAAGCUGGGUGUUUACAACCGUACCUUCAAGCCCCGCUUCUUCCAGCUCACGCCGAGUCGCCUCUUGUACUUUGAUGAUGAGACGUAUAGUCGUUGCAAGGGCCAGAUUGACUUGAGUUUGGUGCGCAAGGCUGAGCCCUUUAGCGGCAGUGGCGGCUUUCACUUUGCCAUCAACGCUCAAGAUCGAGCAUUUGAAUUACGUGCCGACACGGACGCCCAACGCCAACAGUGGAUUGGCCUCAUCAAUGACGCCAUUGCUGCCCUUUUGGCUGCGUCUGCAGCUAGCGCUGCGGCAGCCAUGCUCGAUCCGGCGAAUCGGGGCGAAACGGGUACCUUGCAACGCAUGGCAUCUUCUGAUUCGCUGCAGGACAUUGAGCCUUCUAAAGAAUCAACCGACGAUCAUGGGCGAUCGGAAGGCAAUCAUACGGCAACAGCGACGAGCCAUGCAGCUACCACAGCCCACCCAGCCGGUCGCGGCAGCGAGCCUGCCCGGGCUCCAUGGGACGUUGACGUGCCUGAGGUGGGACCGCCAGCCGAUUUCGAGGCGAACGACGUGCUCGGGGCUUGGGAUGUAGGCUCUGCGAACCAAGCACCGCAUUGGAGUUCAAGCUCAACUGCACUGACGCGUGAGGAAAUGGACGCUUUGGCAGCCAGCUUGGAUGCGGAAGAACCGCCUGCCAGCAGCAUUUUAGAGUAUUUGGAGAGCGAACCGUUUGAUACGCGUCCACGACGUUCCAUGGCGGCCAGUGUCUUCUCGACAUCAGGUGACGACGGGCGUUUGUCAGUUUCAGACGGCAACGAGCCAAAUCGCCAUGGACUACUGAUGGAAGACGACGAAGAGGAGGAGGAGAUGUUGGAGCCGGAUGAGCUCACGCCUGAAGUGGAGCAGCGCCUUAUGGCCAGUUUGGCCACGAGCAUGACGGACGGGGACAAUGAUUUAGCGCCGCCCGAGUCGGCUGAGCAAUCCGAGGGCAAUGCACUGGACGUGGUGACGCCCUCUAGCCUGCGUGUCAUUUUGCAUACUCUCAGCAAAGAUCAACAUCAAGCAGGCGCCUUUGGCAGCGGGCGCACGAUUACACGCAUUCGCUUGUCUGGUUGUGUACUUUCCGUCAAUGAGCGCAACGAAUGGUCCUUGGCAGCCGGUUCUACAUGGCAUGCGCCCAAUGUGGCGUAUGACGGUCCCGUAGAGCAGAUGACGCUACCGCCCAACGUCCGAGUCAUGUUUUUGAAGGAUCUGCACGCGUGGCAUGUCCCGGCCCCUGGCAGCGGCGCACUGCCCAGCGCUGCGGCUAGCUCAAGCACCCCAGCUUCGCUGCCCCCAGCACGCAUCCAUCGCAAUGUCAGCGCUGCAGAGCAACGCUUUGCGCAGUACAAACAUACUUCGUUGUUGGCCAACUUGAAGCGCGCCGUGCGCAUCCUGACCGACUUUGUGUGCGCGGCGGACGAUGCUGAGGAUGACCAGCAAAACGGGGAUACUGGUGCCCGAGGGUUGGUGCGGCGCUGUGACGACAUGGCCAGUCCCAAGAUUGGAAGCUUGGUGCGCCAGCACUUUUGUUCAGCCAUGGCUCACAUCUUUGUCAAGGGCCUGCAAGUAUCACGAUAUGGUGGCUUUUUCAAGACCACGGUCUGGGACGUCCUGGUGGCCUUGACGCCGGCGCCCAGCGCAGCGACCAGCAGCAUGCUGCGCAAGGCGUAUCUGGUUGUUCGUGAUUUGCAACAGAAUCCGAAUAUGAACAACAGCAACGACGUGCGCGUGCGGUCAUUCUUUUGCGCGGCACUAACGCAUCACUUUCUGGAAGAGUGGCUGCAGGCGGUGUAUAUGGACAAGCCUCGCUUGGCCAAGUGGUACAAGCCCGAAUCUUUUUGGUGCAUGUGCCCACAGAGCUGUUUUGAAGAGCUGUUGUUGAUGUUGACGCCACUUCAUGGCUUACCGUUUCGCUUGCACACGUCCUGGGAGCGAACCUUUGCGGGACGGGGUGCUGACCCCAUGGGAGCCACCGACAGCUACAACUAUGCGAUGGAGGUGCCGGCUGGCACUGGUAUGAUGGCCAGCGAGGCCGAGCUUGGGGAUUUGCACGAUCUGCCCUUGGUUCAGGCGCUCUACGACAACGACCAGCCUGCGGACGAAGCGGAGCUGGUGUUUGAGCGCGGCGACAUUCUGCGGGUUAUCAAGGUUUUGAAUGAGGACUGGCUCAAGUGCGAGCUGAAUGGGCAGGAAGGCAUCGUUCCUUGCAACUACGUCGAGGAGCUGGAUCAAAUGGAAGCUGAGCUGUACAUGCUCACCCAUGACUACGAAGCUUGA